AAGAAUUUUGUAGAGAAUUCGAUUCUCCAUAUCUACGCGUCUUCCCUCUUCUCUCUUCUCGUCGCCGGAUUUGCCAUUUUCAAUCUUCAACAGAUUCUCAUACUACACAAGCAGCAUCAACAACAAUGGCUACCGACAGGUUCAUUUAUUCUUUGGCUUUCACACUUCUCUUUACUCUCUCUGUUUCUUCAGAUCCGCCUCAAAUUUCGCCAUCUCCCGCUCCACAACUUGGUUCCGUUGAUUUACCUCCAGUCCCUUCCCCAUCCCCUACAACCGGUUCUCCGCCAGCACCUCCGCCGUCGUCAGAUCUGUCCCCCACUCCUUCAUUCGACACGUCUUCUCCUCCAUCUUUGCCUCCGGCACCGGAGCUGGCGGAUGCUAGUGACGUGUCUUCUGCCAAUGUGAAGACCGAGGAAACGAAGGAAGCUUCGUCCGGAGGGAUGAGCAGCGGGAAGAAGGCCGGGAUUGCGAUUGGAGUGAUCGGUGCGGUGUGUGUUGUUGGAUUAGGAGGAAUGUUGUACAAGAAACGUCAAUAUAAUAUCCGACGAGCAGAGUUCAGUUCCGCCGCAAGAAGAGAGUUCCUCUAAAAUUAAAUCUGAUUACAUUAUCUUCUUCAUCGUCAUCUAGAUCUAGAUCUAUACAAAGUGAGAAUUUCAUAUCUUACCAUUUAAUAUUCGUGAUGUAAAUUUCAGUCAGAUCUUCUGGAUCUAUUCGUUUGAUUCUUUACCUAUUGGUUACUUUCGAAUUUUAUCAUUAUAAGUUAUUUACCGAAUCGGAUGGAUUCAUAUUUACCAGCA